UUCGCGACAAAAAGUCACAAUUCAGUUCUCGCUCGCACAAUAAUUUAAAUUUUCAAUAUAAUACUUAAGUACACACAAUACAAUAUUUGAAUGCACUGGAAAGAUAUCAGUGCUUGAUGCUCACUGUAAUGAAAGAAUAUCUUAAAAGCAACUUAAGCCCCGCGAGCUAAUAUAACAUAUCACAAUUUUAAUACUUCAUUUCUUUGUUAAAUAAUGUAAAUAUUUACCUAAAUAUACAUACAUAAUAUAUGUUAAAUAAUAUUUAAAAGAGACAAAUACACUAAUUUUUAUCAUAAAAACGGUAUAAAAAUCGAGCAUUGAUGCUAGCGAUGCUGCAGGUGUGAGUUCAGAUGCGAGUAGCGUGCUUGUGUGUGCUGUGCAGAGUUAAACGAUAAGAAAGUGCAACGGAUUACGAAGUGAAUAUUAUUUGUCUAAUAUAUGCAUACAUACAUGUAUGGUAUGUAUGUAAAUGAAAUUUUAUGCAAAUGCAAAUAGCACAAAUACUCAUAAAGUGUUGACCGAAAGGAGGAUAAACUCUAUUAUUUAGUUGGACUCGUUUGUUCAAUCUUUUGUGUCAUUGAAAACAUAGACAAUAAGUCAUAUCCCGAUAGCAGCAUUGGUUUUCCGAAAUGUACGAGAUUCCUACUAGUUUGUGUUUGGAGUGGAAGAACAUCAAUUAUCAUGUGCCAUCGAGCGAGCAAAAUAAUUAUACAUUUUGGCAGGAAUGUCGGAAGGUUAAGGAGCUGCACAUCCUAAAAGACGUUAGUGGUCACAUGAAAACUGGCGAUUUGGUUGCCAUAUUGGGUUGCAGCGGCGCCGGCAAGACCACACUACUCGCUGCCAUAUCGCAACGUUUACGCGGCAAUUUAACCGGCGAAGUCGUAUUGAACGGCGUGGCCAUGGGACGAGAUGAAAUGACGCGCAUCUCGAGUUUUUUGCCACAAUUCGAAAUCAAUGUAAAAACCUUUACCGCCUACGAACAUUUAUAUUUCAUGUCGCACUUUAAAAUGCAUCGUAAAACAACAAAAGCACAGAAACGUCAGCGUGUCAAUGACCUACUACUCGCUUGUGGAUUACGAGAUGCAGCACAUACACGUAUACAAUCCCUAUCAGGCGGUGAACGCAAGCGAUUAAGUCUGGCUGAAGAGCUCAUCACCGACCCACCAUUCAUAUUCUGCGAUGAACCCACCACGGGCUUGGACAGCUACAGUGCGUAUACAGUGAUAAAAACUUUACGCCAUUUAUGCACGCGUCAUCGUGUUUCCAAGCAUUCACUCACAUCUGUAUAUGGGGAAGAUUCGUUUUCCACACCGCCUAUCAGCAGUGAGGAAAGUACAAGCCAAAAUUCGAUUGAAAUGGAAGAGCUACAAUCCAAUGAGAAUAUUUUAGAAUCUAUUAAGGAAAUACCUACACUAAGUGUACUGAAUAAUAGCCCUAAUGGACGCCAUAAGAAGGCUAUCAUCUGUUCCAUACACCAGCCCAGCUCGGAUCUUUUUGAACUGUUUACCCACAUUAUAUUAAUGGAUGCGGGGCGUAUUAUUUUUCAGGGUAGCACAGAGCGUGCUUUUCAGUUUUUUACUAAUUUAGGUUACGUGUUACCGCAAAAUUGUAAUCCAGCCGAUUUCUAUUUAAAAACAAUAUCCGAUAGCCAUACGCAAGGCAAGGAUGGCGAAUUGAUCAAAGCGAAAUAUGAUAAUGAAAUAUGGGGCCGAUAUUCGGGCAGUUGGCUGUUGCCGCGCUCCUACAGUGGCGACUUUUUAUAUAACAUCAAAAAAUUCAAAAAGAUACGUUGGGUCUACCAAGUGUACUUGCUCCUAAUACGUUUUAUAACUGAAGAUAGCCGUAAUAUUAAACGCGGCUUCAUAUCACUGGGACUAUUCAUGAUUACCUCAGUCACUUUGGCCGUUAUGUACUCCGGUGUAAGCGGCCUCACACAGACGUCCGUACAAGACUUAGGUGGUUCGAUAUUUAUGUUAUCCAGUGAAAUGAUAUUCACUUUCUCCUACGGUGUGACGUACGUCUUCCCUAGUGCAUUACCAAUUAUGCGACGUGAAGUGGGCGAAGGCACUUACAGUUUAUCAGCCUAUUAUGUGGCUGUUGUGUUGUCCUUUAUACCGAUGGCUUUCUUCAAAAGUUAUGUUUUCUUCUCGGUUGUUUAUGGUGCUGUAUAUUUUCAGAGAGGUUUUAUGCUUUACUUGUCGAUGGGUCUAGUAUUGGCUAUUUCGGCUAUUGCUGCUACCGGAUAUGGUCUUUUUCUCUCGAGUUUCUUUGAGACCGACACUAUGGCAACGGAAUGUGCAGCGCCAUUCGAUUUGUUGUUUCUAAUAUUUGGAGGCGCUUAUUAUAAUGUGGACUCGAUACCGUUUCUUAAGUAUUUUUCAUUGUUCUUCUACUCGAAUGAAGCUUUAAUGUAUAAUUUUUGGAUUAAUGUGGAUGAAAUAGGCUGCCCUGAAAAUCUAGAUCAUCCGUGUGUGGAAAAUGGUUUGGAAGUCUUAAAGCGAGGUUCAUUCAAAACGGCUGAUUACACUUACUGGGUAGAUUGUUUGGGUUUGCUGUUAUUGGCAAUUGCUUUUAAUGUAAUAGCUUUUUGUUUUAUAAGAAAGUAUGUUAGAAGAAGUGGUUAUUAUUAAGAAAAUAUUUUUAGAAAAAUACAUAAACCAAUAACUGCUUUUGCAAAUUAAUGAA